AUGAUCGUUGAGAAGACGACCGAACCACAACAACCUCCUCCUAUACCUGCCCCAGGACAACGUCCAGAACCUGCUCCAGGACAACGUCCAGAACCUGCUCCAGUCAGUCCAGCUCUUGGUCCCAUCGCUGGCCCAGCCGCCGGACCCUCGCCUAUGCCAGAGCCUAGUGCUUCCAUGGCCUCGGCUGAAGACGAGGAUGCCUCUGCUCCGCCAUCGCCCUACACAGCCAACCGUCUUAUACUUCGGGACCUCACCAUGCCGCCCGUGCCAAACUUUCAAAUACCACCCUCACCCCCAGGCUCGCCGCCCCCAGAGACAACAACCAAAUUUGCAAGAUUUCUCGACCUGAAGAAGAAGGGAACCCAUUUCAAUGAACGCCUGUACCACUCGUCGGCGUUGCGCAAUCCUGGUCUCUUGCCCAAACUACUCGACUUUGCUGGCAUCGGUCAGGAAGAUCAGUAUGCCACUCCAUGGUCGCAGGGAGCAGUUGCGACAAAAUUUCCGGAUUGGGCGUACGGCGACAAGUUGGUCACCGCCCACGAGAAGAUUGCAAAGAAGAAGGAACAGGAGAAGGCCAAGAACCCAAGAGAGACAGUGGAUUUCGUGCCAGCAAAACAAGAAGCGGCGAUAUCGACGGCCGGACGAGUGGAGAGGAGAACACAGGGCAGAAGAGGACUAGGCUUCGACAAUGAAAGAAGGCGAUCUCGUUUGCCCAGAUGA